AUGUUAGAUGCUGCUAAAUUGCCUUUAUAUGAUGGAUGUAAAGUUGGUUGUUCCCCUUUAUCAACUGCAACUAGGAUGAUGAGUCUGAAGACUGACCACAAUAUGAGUGAGGAGUGUGUGGAUGGGUGGGCUGAAUUAGUGAAAGACCUUUUGCCUGAGGAUAAUCUUUCACCAGAAUCUUACAGCGUUGUUCAGAAACUUGUUCGUGGUCUUGGAUUGCCGUAUCAGAUGAUAGAUGUGUGCAUAGACAACUGUAUGAUAUACUGGAGAGAAGACGAAUAUGGUUUGACAUGUCGUUUUUGUCGGAAAUCUCGGUAUAAGGAAGGAAGUGAAAAAGUGCCAAUCCCUCAGAAACGGAUGUGGUAUUUACCGAUAACAGAUAGAUUGAAGAGGUUAUAUCAGUCGACGCGCACAGCAGAGGCGAUGAGAUGGCACGCAGAGCAUACAGUUAAGGAUGGAGAAAUUGCUCAUCCUUCAGAUGCUAAAGCAUGGAAACAUUUUCAAUCUGUGUAUCCAAGUUUUGUAAAUGAAGCGAGGAACGUAUACCUUGGUUUAAGUACUGAUGGUUUCAAUCCUUUUGGGAAGCAUGGGAGGCAAUAUUCACUGUGGCCAGUAAUUCUAACACCUUACAAUUUACCGCAAACUUUAUGCAUGAAACGAGAGUUUUUGUUCCUUUGCAUACUUGUUCCUGGACCAAAGCAUCCGUAA